AUGUUUCGCUGUAGUUACGACGGUUGUUCGGAUGAUUCAUCGUCCGGGGAGUAUGUAUUUUAUUUUCUUAUUUUCAGAGAUUCGUAUCCUGAAGUUGACACAGAAUGUGCAGACGCAUUCGAAAAGAAGAUGAUGCUGGAGUUGCAGGCUGAUGUUUCUUCUUAUUCGAGUCAAUAUCGUAGUCCAGACAAAACUGGCGCAGGUACUGAGUUUCUUUCCCCACUGCUGUUGUCAUUUGUUAGCGUCAAUAUCUAUGCGGACGAUAAAUCAUCUGAAAAAGUCGAUCUAUUUUAUGACUCAGAUGAAGAUAAAAUAAAUGCGGAAUUCACGAAACACUUGCAGAAAGUCAGUCAAGGUGGUGAUCUUGGUGAUGGCAAGACGGAUGCAAUUCUUAAUUGUCCAGGUUGUAUGAGUCUGCUCUGUUUAAAUUGUCAAAGACACUCGAAAUACAAGACACAGUACAGGACUAUGUUUACUUUCAAUUGCAAAGUCGCGGAAGACGAAGUCAUUUGUCCCCCACUAAACGACCAGAACGCCAAUGCGGGUGAGGAUUCGAGUGAUAGAAGUGUUUAUAAACGGGUUUUGUGCGAGAUCUGUGAUACCCCUGUUGGUCUGCUGGAUUCUGAAGGUGUUUACCAUCUCUUUGGUGUGUUGGCAAGCCAUAGCUAG